AUUUUUGUUCCAAGGUCAAAUGACAUUUUGUCAGAAACACCCCUAACGCAAAGAAGAAAAUCAGAGUCCUAUCCUGUCCAGAUCGCCGGCGCGCAGGGCAGCCAGGACGACUCCCCUCCUCCGACCCCGGCGCCGUCGUCACUCCGUCCCACUCCGCACAAGGAAAAAUCAGAGGCAGAUCUCGAUCGCCCCUGCCAAACAACACUCUUCGCUCGCGGGGUACCAUGCCUUUCGCAAUCAUCUGAGUAGUAGAAUGGCCUCGAAAGCUAUAAGGAGGAGGCCUGCCGAGAAAGAAAGAGAGAGACAUAUGGAAACAACAAUGCCGGAAUCUGUCACAGCCCCUCUUCUAGGAAAUAGUGCCCAGGGGAAUAAAUCGGAGGGUUAUGAGCCUAUACCAGAUUUCUGGGAUGGAAAAUCACGCCAGUGCCUUCAUUGGGUGCAUAUUGUAUCUACUUUUAUUACUCAGUCUGCAAGAAAGAUAGUAAAUGCUAUUUCGGAGUUUGGUUCGUUUCUAGCAAGGUUCUUUGGUUGCUCCUGUGCUCCCCAAAGUUCACAAAAUGCACAGACAAUGCUAAUUCACCUCAGUCCAUUACAGGAGGAGAGAUUAAAAUUCUUGAGACAAAGAUUAAAUGUGCCAUUUGAUUGUUCCGCUGUCAAGCACCAGGAUGCACUAAAAGAACUUUGGAGAUUGGCUUAUCCUAACCGAGAACUUCCUCCUCUGAAAUCAGAUCUAUGGAAGGAAAUGGGCUGGCAGAACUCUGACCCAGCAACAGAUUUUAGGUCUGGGGGAUUCAUGUCCUUGGAAAAUCUAAUAUAUUUUGCAAGAAAUUACCCAGAUUCCUUUCAUCGGCUAUUACACAAGGCAGAUGGUGAGAGAGCUGAAUGGGAAUAUCCUUUUGCAGUAGCUGGCGUAAAUAUAUCUUAUAUGUUAGUUCAAAUGCUGGAUUUACAAUCAGAAAAUAGGAGGAGCUCAAAAGCAAGAGUUGGCUUUGCUCAACUACUUGAAGAUGACGAGAUGGCUUUCGAUAACCUUUUCUGCCUAGCUUUUCAGAUGCUCGAUGCUCAGUGGCUUGCAAGGAGAGCUAGUUAUAUGGAAUUCAACGAGGUUCUGAAGUCCACACUAGGCCAGUUAGAGCAAGAGCUUACAAUUGGAGGCGUUUCAAGCGUUCAGAAUCUGCCAUCGUUCAGAAUGUUAAGGAGAUAGCAUUAUUUGCUUUUUACCCGAAAGGGGGAAGGUUGCCAAAUAUGCUGCUAAUUCUUUUAUUGUUGUUCAAGAUGGGCCGCCAUGUAAAGAUUACUGGCCAUUACCUAUUCGGUUCAUAUGCGAUACCUUGAAAAGAUACUUGCUCCUAUAGGUUUUGGCAUCAAGCGCUUUGUAAGUGUUUGUGCAGCAAAAGAUACACAUGCAAGUGUUUGUUACAAAAGUUAUCUGCAGGAGUGUUUUAUUCUGGGAACUUGUAAUAUUUGUAUGAAAUAGAAGAUUAGAACAAAAUAAAAAUAAUAAUCAUAUUUUAAGUUUA